AUGUCCGACGAACCCUAUCUUAACGCAGUCACCGUGCUUGAACGCUUCAUGCCAUAUGAGCUUGGACGUCAGCUGCAGCGCUUCCACGACGACCAUCCCGGUUCGCUUCCCAUGCUCACAGACAAGGACUGGGAAUGGAUUCGCGACGUGUGCACAAAGCCACCAACCCAGCCAGGCGAAGAACGAUACCCUGCUGAGUUUGGGUAUCGCAGGAGAUUCAAGCGUAACAAAAACCAGGAUUCUAGACUGAAACCGGACGAUAACCUUGAACCCGAAGGACAUAAAAGUCGCCAGGAUGAAACUACCGAGAUGAAUCAGGAUGCGGGAAGUGAGGUUGCACGCGAAGCUGACUCUGAGCAGGAGGGCGUGGGUCAGUAG